UAAGUGAAGCCCUUCGUCUUCUAGGGUUUUGUGUGCGCAUUGCAUUACGGCCGCUCGCAGCUAAGCUCUGCAUACUUCAAGCUUUAGCCAUGGCCGUCGGAAAGAACAAGAGAAUUUCCAAGGGAAAGAAGGGAGGAAAGAAGAAGGCAGCUGAUCCAUUUGCCAAGAAGGACUGGUAUGAUAUCAAGGCUCCUUCUGUGUUUCAAGUUAAGAAUGUGGGCAAGACCCUCGUCACUCGUACUCAGGGUACCAAGAUUGCCUCAGAAGGACUGAAGCACAGAGUGUUUGAGGUCUCAUUGGCUGAUCUUCAAGGUGAUGAGGACCAUGCAUUCAGGAAGAUUAGGUUGAGAGCUGAGGAUGUUCAAGGGAAGAAUGUUCUCACAAAUUUCUGGGGGAUGGACUUCACAACUGAUAAGUUGAGGUCUUUGGUUCGCAAAUGGCAAACUUUGAUCGAAGCUCAUGUGGACGUAAAGACCACUGAUAACUACACGUUGAGGAUGUUUUGCAUUGGGUUCACUAAGAGGCGAGCAAACCAGGUGAAGAGGACCUGUUAUGCCCAGUCGAGCCAGAUCAGACAGAUCCGCAGGAAGAUGAGGGAGAUCAUGACUAACCAUGCAACAUCCUGUGACUUGAAAGAAUUGGUCCGCAAAUUCCUCCCUGAGGUGAUUGGAAAGGAUAUUGAGAAGGCAACUUCUAGCAUCUAUCCUCUGCAAAAUGUGUUCAUUCGCAAAGUCAAGAUCUUGAAGGCUCCUAAGUUUGAUCUUGGAAAACUAAUGGAGGUUCAUGGUGACUAUUCGGAAGAUAUUGGUGUGAAGGUAGACAGACCUGCGGAUGAGACGAUGGCUGAGGCUCCCACCGAAAUUGUUGGAGCUUAAAUGAGUUUUCACUUCUAUUUUUCUGUUGGAUCUUAGGGAGUUUCUGCAUUAUUUUUGGUUUUCUGUAUUUUUUUCUCACUGAGAUUUAAGCUUAAAGUUAAAAGGUCCCAUGUCAGCCCGGCGAACCAUUUUUGUUUCGGCCUUGUUUAGAAGUUUUGCACUAAAUCUAUAUCUGCUUGUCGACCCCAAAGAAAAAAUUGCUUUGCAUGCUUUUGCUGCUUGUGAGAUCUUGGCUGAUGGCUGGUAAAAAUAAUGUAUAAUUUUACGUUACCUGGUCAAAUCUUUUGCGAAUGCCCCUUGUGGACGAUUUUUGAUUUAAUAGAUUGUGGGCAAAAUUAAUUUGUCA